GUUAGUAACUUUUAGUUUUAGUUACAAGUUUUAGUGUAUUUCCAGUUGGCUAGUUUUGAAUUAACCUUAUUACACAAACGAAACGGUCGACAAAUGCUUCAAAAGUACUGAUCGAUAAAGCUCUACGCUUUCUAGACCGCUUUCGUGUAUUAUUAUUAUUAAUUUUACAAUAUCACAAUUUAUACAGAAGUGUGUUUUUUUACUCUUUCUCCCCAUCAAUGCAUCAUGUUAGUUCGUAUACACAAGUCACAUUUAGGUAUACAUAAUACCAAUAAUACGACACAACUGUCACUAGCCUAAACCAUAACGACAUUGUCAUUGGUGUUCGGCUGCGCCUGCGUCUGUCCAAACAACUUCUCAUACUAUGUCAGUGAACUCUGAUUCUCCAGCCCCUGGUGAUAGAAAGAAUUACAAUAGGAGAAGUUAUGGAUACAUCAGGCCACCAAAUAUACAGCGAGACAAUCAAGCCCAAGUUACAUUAAAGGGGUGGGUUUUUAGGCUUGAGGGAGGACCAUUGAGACAGUGGAGGAAAAGAUGGUUUGUCUUAAGUGACUACUGCUUGUUCUUCUAUAAAGAUCCUGAAGAAGACAGACUUCUUGGGUCUGUCAUUCUGCCCAGUUAUAGAAUUUCACCUUGCUCUGCUGAUGAUAGAAUAACAAGAAAAUAUGCCUUUAAAGCAGAACAUCACAAUAUGAAGACAUAUUACUUUGCUGUAGAAUCUCGAGAGUUGAUGAUUCAGUGGAUGAAUGCACUCUGUCUAGCCACUAUCAUGCAGACAUUCACACGGAGACACUAUAGCACCGAUCAGUUAAGUAUGCUGCCCACCCCAGGGUUAGACGAAGAAGAUUCAGGAUUUGUUUCGUAUCAGUCCCGUAAACUGCAAGAUCAUGACGAUCCACGAGAAACACUGAACAGCAGCUUUGCUUCAGCUCAGUCAACAAAUGACCUUCCCAGAGACAUAGAUGGAAACUUUGUUGUUAAUGAUGGUACCAGUGACAGUGGUUUUAUAAGCAGCAGUGAGAGACAUCUCAAUCACUAUGGUAGUCAGUCAGUUAUUCCAUGUACUGUUUAUGCUAGAGGAAAAGUGGGACAACAUUAUUAUGCAGUUGGCCCCCCUAAACCAAAGAGGCUUCAUGCUAGCUAUACAAGCUUACCCCAUUGUGCUCCUGACUUGGUACCUCCUCAUGACAUUAAUCCAGGAAGGGACAUGUUUAUGCCACCACCUGAUCAUAGAAGUUUUUAUGCCAAUUACAUGAAGGACCCAAAUUUCAGGAGUUCUGACAACUGGGAAAAUGAUUACAAUUAUUGGACUUUGGAGAGUGAUAGAUAUCAUCAACCACAACCUCAACUUUACUUACAGAUGUCUACAACAGUAAACCCUGAAUCACGAUCUAGACAGAUAACUGACCGAGACUAUGAAAAUUCUAUUUUUUACAGAGACUCUGUACAGCCCACUAAUAGUAUGCCUCAAGGACCACCUCUUGCUGGAAGACACUCUGAUAUGUUUGGAAAGAGUAUGGUUGAGUUAGAUCAACCAGCAAUUCCACCCAUUAGUGGAAAUAUUAACCAACCUGGAAUGGAAAAAAUGAGUUUGAUUACUAGAGAGACUCAAGAUCCAUCAUACUUUUAUGACAGAAAUUUAGGAAACAUGCCAGGUAAGAAUUAUUAUAGGACUACACAUGAGUACAACUACUCAGUUUCUUCAAGUCCUAAACAUCAAGAAAGCAAUUGCCAUGGAGUUGUUUCAGCUCGUCCUGUAUUCAUUGAUGAAAAUAUAUAUGUGCCAUUUGAUGCCAGACAUCGAGAGCCAGAAGUCCUGGUUCCAUAUUUUGGCAUCUCAAACUCUGAUGAAUGGGAUAAUAAAAGUAAAGCCCAACAGAAGGAAUCUAUGAAAAAGCUUAUAGAAUGGAAAGAGAGAAUGCUCAUGUGUCCAUUGUCUAAAAAACAAAAUUUUGAAGAAACUAGAGCUUUAGAUCCAGCAACUUUCAAUGGCUCUCCAGGUUUACCUCCUCCAAGACCACCUCUACCAGAAGAAUAUUGUCAGCAAGUGCUUCAAAAUCUAGAAACCCAGGAAAUGCAGCAAAAAAUGCAAGAGCUUCAGAUGCAAGAUAAUGAGAUUUGUAAAACAGUCCAUCCUGCUCAGUUUGUAGCUCCUAAAUAUGAUGAUAAUUUGUUGCCUCCUGAAAGAGUGCCUAAACCUAGACGGCUCUCGUGUGGUGAGGUAGAACGUGAGAUUCGUCGCCAUGCAAGAACAAAUGUUGGAGGUAGAUGGGAUGAAAGAAGCCAAAGGUCAAACAGAAACUCAUCAAGAUCACAUGAACAUCAUAGAUCAACAUCUGCAUUAAACACUAUUGCCAAUAACUACUCAUCUGAUGAUGAAGAGUCACCAUCAAGUUCAGGUCAUACUAGAGAAAGUUAUAAACCAAGAGUUCGUAAAGUGAGUUGGAGAGGAAAGAAUCGCAGAGUUGUUGGUAGAACUGUCUUGUCAGACUCAGAGCUUCAUGUUCAUCAGUCUUCAAAAAUUUAUAGACUAUUACAACAUUCCACAAAUCUGACUUCCAAGCAUAGGAACAUCAGUAUUUCAGCUGGGGAACUUUUAGGGAAAACUCAUGAGGAACUUGUUUUGUUCCUAGUUCAGCUACGGCAAAGUCAGAGGCAGUUAUUCAAGGCACGGGAACAGUGCCAGCUACAAAUUUCUAACGAACAACAUUUGAUACAAAUGAAGCCUCAGGAGAAGGAGCAUAAAAGGAAUUAUAUGAAGCUCUGUCAGCAGGUGGAGGAGUUGCAAAAUCAAUAUGUUCAUACUUGUCCUCUUGUGAACUUAGUAGAAAACCUUGUUAAACUAGAAAUUAUGUAUGAUGCUACCGAAAAGAAAUCCACUUAUCUGUCCAGUCUUGAGAAAGUUGGGAUAGAAAAGUAUAUACCAUCCGAGAAAAUGUUGGAAUUUGCCCAUCAUCUCCAAGAGCGACAGAGAUUACGAAGUGAAAUUGAAGGAGUGGAAAUGGUUGCUGUUGAAAAUGAAGGGCUCGAAGACAUAUUAAGUCAUCUUUAUCGGCUUGAUUGUAUGGUACAAGAAGAGUUUUCAAACUUUGGUUCUCUGCAGAAAGAUAAAGAGAUGCUGGAACAAAGUUUGAAAACCGUGAAGAGAAAACUGGGUGAAUUACAUGUAGUUGGAGAGAAUCCAGUGGGGAUGGAAAAUUUAAGAAAACAACAACAUUUAAUCCAAAAAGAACUAUCCCAUAUCUGUAACAUGUUGUCCCAAAGUGCUAUGAGACUAGAGGAAAGAACCAUGGAAGUGUGUAAAGUGGAGCAUAAAAUCUUAGUUUUCAGACAAAAGAUCCAACAUGCCUUAGCUGCCAGUCAUCGAAGAAAGGAAAUGUCAUCUAUAUCUAAAGCAGAUCUCGAAUCAGAGCUUUUAAAGAUUCAGAACUUUUUGGAAAGCCUAGCCAAGCGUCAUCAAGAAAUUAAUAACAUUAUUGAAACACUUAAGCUUAAAUCGAAACAGAAACAGUUUCCUAGCAUUCAGAAAGUAAGAGAGGGGGCAUCAGGAAUUGUAGGUUCAGCAACUCUGCCUCCUAAGAGAAAGUAUCACAAAGCCUAUAUGGAGACAGAUCUUGAUUCCUGCAGCUCUCAAGAACUUGGUGUUAUUAGGAAACCAGAGAGUCAGUAUGUUAAUGUUGAAGCUAGUUCUCAGUUGAAAGGGAAGGCUACAAUAAUUAGCAGUUCUGGAAUUAUUGAAAAUGGAACAGUGCUGGACAAUGGUCAUCCAGUGGAUGGGGAUAUUGUAAUUCAACUGAACCAAGAGCAUCAAGAAAAACUAAAUUGUCUGGAUCAGCGAGCUAGAUCAAUCCAUUCAAUUCAGUGUUUUGGAGAAGAAGAAAAUAAUCAAGAAGGAAAGCUAAAGUAUACUAACAAAUAUAUGGAUCAAACCAUCGGAUUAAAUCAGAGAGAACACACUGUACUGGUGCAUCCAAAUCAGUACAGUAGUCUAAGUUAUCAGAACUUACAUUUCAGAGAAAAUCAAGCUGAAUAUUUCAGACAAAAUUCAAAAAACCAGGAUGCUAGAUUAUAUCAACAAUCUACAGAUGCCAAAUUUAAGCUAGAAGAUAAACAAUUAUUGCAUACUUCAAGUCAGGAUAUUGGAUUAAGCCAACAAGAUCAAGUUAUCAGGCCAAAUGAAUUAGAUUCAUAUAAUAAGAAGUCAGAUCAACAAUUAAGUCAAGCUUGUCUGACUGAAACAGUUCAUAAAAUGAAAGUAAGUUAUCCAGAAGAAACUAGCACAGUUAAAGAAUCAGAUCAGCCAGUCAGAAUGAACCAGCUAGAUAAGCAUGCAAGACCAAAUCAACACACACUACUUAAUCAGACAAACCAACAUCAAAAACAUAAUCAACCAAAUCAAGAUACAAGAUUAAAUGAACAAGAUCAACACAUCCACUUAAACCAUUCAAACACAAAUGUUGAACCAAAUCAGAAUGAAAGAUUUCACCAACAAGAUCAGAAUGGGAAGCCUAACCCCAGACUAAACCAGUAUGGGGUACUCAUCCAGCCAGAUCAGAAUUCAAGAUUAGAUGAGCAUAAUAAACAUAUCCAACCAGAUCAGAAUACACGAUUAGACCAAUUUGACAACCAUGCAACUCAUUAUCACCUAGAAGAACAUCAGGCACAUGAUAUUAAUGUUGUUGGCCUACCUCUUAAGGAUGUUUCAAGUGAAAAACAGGAAACUAGAAGGAACUUUAAUUCAGCUGACAUGAAAAAAGUUAGCUAUGGUAGUGAGGCUGAAGUCUGGGUUAUCGAUGAACCAGAAUGUCAUGAUAAUAAUGAAGGUGAGACAAUUGAGGCUCCUCUUCCACAUCGACCCACUUCCCUUUUUUCACCAAUCCACACAGUCCAAACCCAUAGGAAGACCUUAAGUGCCCAUGAACGAUUGUUUGGAGGGGCAUCAAAUUCUCCUCUUUCCACGUCUUCCACAGAGCGCAAGUCAAGUAGUUCUCGCCCUCAGAUGAGCCCAAAACAUCAUGUACAAGCACACAGGAAACCCAAAAGGAGACAUCAUACAAUUACAGGUACUGGAUCACAACCUCUUAUCGACCAGUCAUCUCCCAGAAUGUUUGGUCCUUCUUCACGCCAUUGCCACAUGGACCGUUACUCACGCACAGCAAGUACACCUGAUAUUGUACGUAGCACGAUCAGAAAAUCUGAAGUAUUUGAUGAGAAACUUAUUGACAGAGAACUUGGUCUUCCUCAAAAAAUUGACAUCCCCGAACGUUACAUAGAAGAUGAGCCAGAAAAGUUGUCAAUUGCAGAAAAACUCAAGAGAGACCUCAAAGCAGAAAAUAUAAGGAAGAUGUUGUCGGAAAGUACAACAUUUGAAAAAGCAUCUAUAUCAGAAACAAUGAAGAAGAAAAUGGAUGAAGAAAAGAAAAGGAGGGCCCAUCUAUUAGCCCUUAAUCAUACUAUAGCUAAAGAAGUGAUGGAGAAGAGCAAAAUUGUAGCAACAAAGAAGGUGCAGUUGGACAUAUCUGAUGAAAGACGAGAAUUUAAAUUUACCAUCUUGAGCUUGCCAAAUAGUGUGGUUCCGUUAAAAGGUAUAAAAAAUAUCUAA